ACAGAUGUAGUUAAAAAGAGAGCCCCGCAAAAAGGGAAAAGGCGCCGAACUGACAUCUACGUAAACAGAAAGACGGACUUUGCAGCACAACUUGAGCGAUGCCAGAAGUCACUCGAUUCAAGGUUUGUUUCAGUUUUAAGGGUAGGUUAGAGUCAUUUCUAAGCUCUAGGGGUAAGGGUUACGCUUGGGGUCCUCGACAUAAGUGUGGGUAUGUGCGGGUAUCGCUGCCGCUGAUGAUCUGAAACCCUGACCAUUAAUAAAAAAAAGAAACUAAAAUUCCCUACCCUGUAAAUCUGAAGGACGACAAUUAAAACUCUGUUUUACAAUCCUGUCAAGAGAAAAGGAAAAAAUUUACGCCCAGAAUUGUUUUGUAUUUUUUCCGAAAUAUCAGAAUACUGCCAAGAUAUCAUGUCCUGUCAAAGAGCAUGAGCCUGUAUAGGACCAACCCCCCCCCCCCCCCCCCCCCCCCCCCCCCCACCCACUCCCAGGGGAACAAGGCAGCUUACGCAAAGACGGUUUUGAGCNCCCAGAAUUGUUUUGUAUUUUUUCCGAAAUAUCAGAAUACUGCCAAGAUAUCAUGUCCUGUCAAAGAGCAUGAGCCUGUAUAGGACCAACCCCCCCCCCCCGCCUCCCCGCCCCUCCCCAAUCCAAUUCAGGGGAUAAUAGGCAGCUUAAGCAAAGACGUUUUUGAGCAACGCAAUUCAACCGAAAGUGGACUUUUUGCAUUCUUUGGCAUUGUUUUUGGGCAGAUUUUCAGGCAAAUUGCCCCUAUAAGUUGAAAAAACUAACCAAUUCAAAUUGAUAGCACCAAGUCAUAUUAGCACAGAAAACAUGUCACUUCCAGUUGAUGUGCAUCAUCCAAAAACGUCUUUUCUUGAACUCCGUUUUGGAAACCUGCAAAUAAUUAUUAUAGUGAUAAUUAUUGUGGCAUUUUUGUAGCUUUACUUUAAAUGAGAAAUUUAAUUAAACCAGUUUUACUUUUAAAAAAACAUUCCUGCUUGCUACAAAAUCAGAUCAAAUUCCAAGCUUUGAAGAGGCUGGCAGCAGCCCAGGGGGAACUCUGGAUUUCAACUGAUGGGGAUGAUCAAAUGGGGCAAAAAUCAAAACCCAAAAAUCCCUACAGCUUUAAGAGAUAGAGAGCCACCUUAAUGCUACAUAGUGUUUUUUGUGACCAUCAUCAUGGAAGUAAGAACAAAAUUUGUUCUCACUACUCACUUUCUUAAUAUGGUAUUUAGUAAUAUUUUUUUUCAUUUUUUAAUAGUGAGCAAGAGGUUACAAUACAUGGCUUGGGUGCUGCUAUUAACCGUGCAAUUAAUCUGGCACUGCAGCUGGAACACAGAGGUCAAGGAACUGUUGAGGUAUUUUUAGCAAUAUUAUUGGAUGAGGCUGAGUAUGAUCUGAAGAAUUAAUUAUUAUGGACAUCAUGGAGGGCCUUAUCAGCCAAGGCCAAUAACGCCCUCCAUGGCAAGAUCAGGAGAUAAAGGGAUGUUAAGUUCUGCAGAAUAUUCUCCAAAUAGCAGAUGUUGUCUGUUGAGUUGUAAUUCUUGCUGUUCUUGCUAUGUAUUUAGGCAGUAGUUUGGCUAUGUCUUCUUCAUGAAACAUGUGAAAUGUUCUGCCACAUUUUUGUACUGUACAACCAAAACAAUGCAAGCUCAUGCUCAGGGAUUCCUAUUUGCUGUCCAUUUUUCUGGCAUUUAUGCUGUACCAUUGACCUCAUUUUCCACAUAUUGCAAACAUCUUCCAAAGUUGGCCAGCGCUAGCUGGUUAUGGAGAAUUAGCUUUGGAAUGUCAGCCAAUCAGAAAUGGAGCAAUAUUUUGCAUGAAUAAUAAUGUAUGUUAAUCCUUUAAGCCCCAAUAUCCACAUACCAAUUCUCCAAACUGAUCUCCACACAUUUCCUUCAUGGAUGGGUUGAGAGAAUUUGAUAAAAGAUCAAGGCAUUUUCCCUUAGGUGAUCAUUUUAUUAAUUCUCAUAACCUAAUCUCUUGACUUUGCAUGGAUAUCGUUAGGAGAAAAUUGAUGUUAGUCACUAUUAGGACUUAAAGGAAUAAUGUACCCCUGAAAGUGGGUGGUGUUUGUAAAACUGAAAUAUUUACAUUGUGCAUGUUAAAGAACAGUAGUGGAGUGGUUGACUGUGCAUUAUCUGGUUGUCGUCAAGAUGCAAAAGAUACUAGUUUUACUCCUUAAAAAUAUAUUAAGUAUUCUAACAUUACACCUCCUACUUUGCAGGUAUCAGCAACAACUUCCAGUGUCAAACUGAUUGAUGACUUUGAGCCAGAAGAUGAUGUAAGAAUUUCUUUUAACUCCAAUGGGUUUUUAAUAAUUCCACUUCUUCUUGAAAGUACAUAACACAAUAUUACCUCUCACUAAGAAGUUUCAAAAUUUAACAAAGAUCCCACAGGUUCAUUAAUACUUCUGCCAUACAGAAAUUUAGCAACUCAUUUUUCUGUUGGCUGAUAUUUCCAUCAGUACUUAGUACAAAAUAGGCUAGAAAAUUUACUGUCAAGCUCUUUGAACCAUUGAAGUCAACUUUUUAUUUAUCAGUAAGCACAAUGUGUAUCCAAAUAAAGCGAAAUGUAAACAGUGACAUCAACAAAGAUUUGCCAAAACCAGACACGUUUGCCUUUUUGCAAAUCUUACCUAGUACUGAUCCCACCAAAGUUUUUCAUACAAAGAACUGACUGGACCUUUCAUUUCUUCUGUUUUGCAGGACCAGGAAGGUUACUCCAAAGUACGAACAAACUCAGCCAUUCACAUAAAAGUGUAUAAAAAACAACUGUCUCAAGUUGCCAUAGAAGGGAUCUCUAAAGAAGUCACUUGAAACAAUGACAUGUCAAACAAUGUCAUGUCGUAUGUUUCUGCUUUGUGUGUCACAAAGAGACUGUACUAAAGGGACAAUGUGUUUUUGAACUUCAAAGAUGGUUAGAAGAAAUAAUUAUAUUAACACAAAAAUCACAAAUAUGUAUAAUUAUUAUAACACUUCCUACAAGUAGAGAACAGAUGGUGAACUAAAAAUUUAAAUCAGUCAAGUGCCAGAGUGACAACUGCAUCAUUUUCAGUUCAGCGGAACACUAACACAGUCAUUGCUUUCCAACAUUACUUACUACCACUCCAAGAAAGCAGUGGUCAGUCAGGUCAGUAGCCUGCACCACAGACGAAACUAAACUCUGGUUAAGUCUGUCUGUGAAACAGCGCCAAAAUACUUGUUCUGGGUCCCCACCUGUUUACCAGGAUUUUAGUAUGUGCCAUGAUUGUCCUGUCAAAAAAGCCAUUGUCAAUUUGCCAAUCAGGACGAGAGAAAAUUUGAAAUGCUCUUCUGGCUAGAACAAGGACCUUGGCGCUGCUUCACAGACAUUACUAACUGAAGUUGGCUAUCAUGUCAGUGACAUUGGACCAUCUGAGAAUUAACUUCUGAUGCAAAUGAACUUUUUUUCAUUGUACACCCUGUUAGAUCUAGCCUGUAAUCAGACCCAGU